AUGCCCGUAAAGUCGCAGUCUCGCGAGGUCUUGAAAGAACGAUUGAUCAAGGCGUUGAAACUGUACAAGGACCACAUGGCCGUGCUGGAAAUCGAAGAGCUUUCAAUACAGGAGAGAGGCGAUGAACCUUCCAUUCAGGCUCGACAAGAAGAACUUCAUGAUCUGAUAUCAAAACAUGAGAAAGUGGUUGAAAGGCUUAAGAAUCUCAAGGAGGAGGUCAGUAGCGAUGGAUGGAUGUCGGAUUUUUAUCUUACGCAGCUGGUCAACAUGGCGUUGGCCAAAGCGGGAGAGCUUGCCGUGACGUAA